CCCAAGUCUGUGCGUGUAAAGCAAGAGAGGACUGACUGACUGACUGCAUGUUCCCGUAGAUGUAGGUGAUCAUCAUACCUUUGUUCUUGCUGCGAUCUCAAAAGCAAUCAUAACAAAGCUUACACUGAAAGCGCAAUGUCUUCUGCUGGUACAGGCUUACAGAGAAGGCGAGGCGGUGGUCAUGGAGGGCCUGGUAAUUACGAAGAUGAUGAAGGUCCAUCACGCACAGGAUCACCAGCUCCCAUGACAGGAAAUGGAACGGCAUCUGGAAGUGGCACAAAUGGAGCAACAAGAAGGCGAACAAAAGAAGAACAAGCAGCAGCCUCUUUAGCACAAGACAGAAACGGCGGACCAGAAGUACGAGGAGGAGCAGGAAGCAUAACUGUAACCAGUGCAGCGGGAGGACAUAGAAUAGCAUAUGAUCCUAGAGAUUUACAAGAUGAAGACGAAAGUGCAGAACAUCCUCGAUUGACAUUGAUGGAAGAAUGUCUUUUGAUGGGUUUAAAGGAUAAACAAGGCUACUUAUCCUUUUGGAAUGAUAAUAUAUCCUACACCUUGAGAGGUUGCAUCUUGAUCGAGUUGGCAUUACGAAAACGUAUCUCCAUCUCCCGGGAUACAUCAGCUUCACACAGACCUAGAGGAGUUUACGUUGCACCUGUUCAAGAUCGUUUGGUAGAGGUCAUAGAUACUAAGAUGACUGGUGAAGUGUUAUUGGACGAAACACUGAAAUUGAUGAAAGCAAGUGAAAGGAUGAGCACAGCACAAUGGGUCGAUUUGCUAAGCGGUGAAACAUGGAAUGUGACAAAGAUUGGGUAUCAACUCAAACAAGUUCGUGAAAGGUUGGCGAAAGGACUGGUUGACAAGGGUAUUCUACGAACCGAAAAGCGAAAUUUUCUCUUGUUCGAUAUGGCAACUCAUCCGAUCUCCGACUCUUCCGCCAAAGACGCAGUCUUGCGUCGAAUCUUAUCGCUUCUAACAUCUACCAACACGACGGUUCACUCCAAUCUACUCUAUCGGGAGGAAAAGCGUCGAAUUUUAUUCCCUGCAACGAGAGCGCUUUGUCUGCUUUGCUGCAGCUUCAGUGCGAAUGUUCUGGAGAAUGCUUUGACCCAUCUUUCCUAUGAUGCACGCGAAUCAGCAUUUCAAAAAGCUGAUGACAUCUUGACUGAAUUUGCUCAAUGGCCAAUGGCUCCUUCUUCAUCCGUUGCGACGAAAAGUGCAUCUCAGAGGAUCGGUGAAGGAAGUUUGGCACCUUCAAAUUCUGAAGCUAUAAACGGAGGAGCAAGUAUCCUGGAAUUAGGCAAAGCCGUUCGAGCAGAGAUGCAAUCGGAUCAGCAAGCAAUGGGAGCGUUUGAGGCUAUUGCAGGUGUGCUACAUACACUCAGUCGGAUGGAUUCACUGCUAUAGCUUGUUAGUAAUACAAUAUAUUCCCCUACCAAUGUGCUAUCCCUACAUAACCCAGAUUGUAAGUAUGAUGAAUCUGUACAAUUCUAUCGCGGACAUCAGGAGAAAAGUAUGAC